AUGAAUCAACAAGAAGAUUCCAUGCGUGUUGGAAUCUCCUCAAUCUCCUCAACCACCACCACCACUGUUCACACCACGGAAAACAACCACACUCCACAAUUGUACCAUAACCAUCCUCACUUCCUUCCGUUCCUUCCCGAUCUUGUUCCUUUUUGUACCACGAUUGAAAUUCAUCAUCAUCAUCACGACGAAGCACAUCAUGAUCCUCUCCACAAGUUCUCUUCUCAAUUUUCAUCAUUGCCCUCUUCCUCUUCAAUUUUCAUUCCAACAAUAAAACACUUCAACAAGGCUACAUGUAUUUUACUCGUCAUUUUGGCAUUGGUCAUUGGUUCAGUCUAUUUGGUGCCAUUAGCCAUUCAUCAUUCAUUCGCAACAAGUCAACAAGUACCAUCAACAACUACUAACACUCACCCAGGACCAUAUUUGUGGAUCGAUACCGAUGUGGGUAUGGAUGAUUUAUUUGCUAUUCAAUUACUAGUCUUGGAAAACAAGAGCAAGAUUAAGAAUGCGUUUCAACUCUCGUUAGUGUCGUCCGUGUAUGGAAUGACUUCAAAUUCGACAUUGGGCGCUGAAAUUGUUCGUGCUCUGCUCUCUCAUGAUGAAUCAAUGAUGGAAAAUUCCAUGAUCCCAGCAACCACAAGAAAGGUCAUGGUUGGCUCUGAUUUUGGUCUUCCUUCCAAUAUUCAACGAUUUCGUUUUGAAGAUUCUGAUUUUUAUGACUCGGUGGAGAGAAAACAAUUGGAAUUCUUAAAUGCCAUGAAAUGGAAGAUGAGUUCAGAUCCUCAACAACGCUCUUUAAAUGGAAAUGCAUAUGUGAGUGGUUUUGAACCUCGAUUUUUCAAUGUUGAAAAAGACGCUGCUGUCAAGCUCCAAUCAUUGCCUGACAAUUCUCUGACCAUUCUUGCGUUGGGUCCAUUAACAAACCUUGCAAGAUGGAUCACCCAAAGUAAGGACAACCAUCAACUUGAAUUAUUAUUACAACGCAAGGUAAAGCAAGUUGUGGUCAUGGGAGGAAAUGCCAUUUUCAACAGCAAUGACAUGGACAUGGAAUGGAAUUUUCAUUGUGAUGCUUUGAGUGUCCAACAAGUCAUGCAAUUCUUUGGAGACAAAUUCUUCAUGAUUGGACUCGAUGUGGCCAAUGAUCGAGCAGUCACUCCACAACAAGUGGAAUUUUUGAAAACUAUUUUACGAGAGAAAAUACAAGUCAAGAAAUCGGACAACAAAUUAUCUGAACUGUUUUACAAAUUAUUGGAUAUUAAUCCUGCUGCAUGUACCUAUGAUCCAAUUACCGCUUCUUAUUUGAUCAUGCCAGAAAUGUUUGAGUUUGAAAAGAUUCAUGCGAAAGUUGUGCUGUCAAGUAGCAAUAGUGAUGGUGGCAAUAAUUAUGCUGGCAGAGUUGUAAAGGAUGGUAGUGAAGGUAUUCGUGUGAAUGUGGCCAAGAAUUUUCACUCGCGUCUGUAUUAUGAUUAUUUGGUUCGUGUUUUUUCAGAGCUAUGA